AAGUGAAAGAUUCAGAUGUAGCGGCUAGUCAAAUAAGCUUUAACCGCACUGUAACACUCUUCAUUUAAUAUAUUUCGCACUAACAAAAAAACAUUAAAAAAAAUGAAUGUUUUUAUCUGCAUUGUGUUGUUUUGCGUAAGUGCUGCAGCUGCUAACAAAAGCGGGGACGAUGACUGGGUGCAUCUGCCAAAUAAAUGUGAAGUAUGCAAAUUUGUGAGUAUUGAGAUGAAGUCUGCAUUUGAGGAGACUGGAAAAACAAAAGAAGUGAUAGAGACCAACUACCGCUUCCUGGAUGAUAAAGGUGCACCGCCAAUCAAAUAUGUUAAAUCUGAUAUCCGUUUUAUAGAGGUGAUGGAGAAUGUUUGCUCAAGGAUCAUGCAGUACAAUCUACACAAAGAAAGGGAUGGCAGCAAUCGAUUUGCAAAGGGCAUGUCUGAGACAUUUUCAACUUUACAUAACCUGGUCAAUAAAGGUGUGAAGGUGGUAAUGGACAUUCCUUAUGAACUGUGGAACGAGACCAGUGCAGAAGUGGCUGACCUCAAGAAACAGUGUGAUGUGAUGUUGGAGCAGUAUGAAGAAGUGAUUGAAGACUGGUAUAAGGGCAACCAAGAGGAAGAUCUCACUACUUACCUGUGUGAGAAACAUGUGCUGAAAGGACAAGACAAAGCCUGUCUAAAUGAGGCAUGGUCCGGGAAAAAGGGAGACACCGCGGCUAUCGCAGAGGACAAGAAGAAAAAGAAAGGCAAAAAGAAGAAGAGUAAAGACAGUGAGGACAGUCAGAAAAAAGAUAAGAAAAUGAAGAAGAAGAAGAAGAAGAAGUCCAAGCUUCCUGAGACUGAGACCAGCAAGCAGAAAACUGAAGAGGUCGUAUACACCUCAGACGAGGAGCAGAUUCAAAAGAAAGUUCCUCUUAAACAGGAUAAAACUGAACUCUGACAUGCCUCUCUUCGGUGCAGUUUUUACUUUGUUUUAUGACACUUAAAUUUAGAUUGAGUUUUAGACUGCAAAAAAAAAAAAAUAUAUAUAUAUAUAUAUUUGUCUUUUUCUCUAGCAAAAAUAUCUAAACAUCCUUAAAACAAGAUUUAUUUAACUAUUUUUAACAAUGUGUACGAUAACACUUGUUUUUUCUUGCAUUGGCAAAUAGGCUUUUUUUUUCGCUUAAAUGUAAAAACAAUUUGUGAGAUUAAUGCUGACACAUAGUUGCUGAUAUUUUCUUUGAAAGCAAAUCGUACUGUCUUAAUUUUUAUUUUUUUUAUGUACAUUUCUUAUUUUAAGGAUGUGUAGAUAUUAUACUGAGAGUAGAAAAAUACUGCAAUCUAGUCCAUUAUUAGAAAGUAAAUAUAGGUCAAAGUGGAAAAGUCCCAUGACAACUCUGCUCAGAUAAAGCUAAAAUAAGUGGCCAUUUUCAGAUCUAAUAGCUGGUGCACAAUGCACUUGUUAAGCAAUCAAAUCAGUGCUUUCAUUCCAACAUUUAUUAUGUUUGCUGCUCUUGCUGGUACAUAUUGGUGAUGUUUUACACAUGCUGGAAUCUUGCUUUCAGGAAAAGAACUGCAUUCACAUCAUGUCUGAAUUACCAUAAAACCGCAACUUACUGUAACGAUCACAUCUUGGAAAGUACUUGUUUCCAUAGCAACAUUCAUAAUGCUAAUAAGGCUUUAAUGAUAAAGACAGUGAAAUUCUUAAUCACUACAUAGUGUACAGAGCCUACUAAUUACAUGAAUUCAUCUGUAUAAUUUUGCAACAUAUUUAAACAUGCACACAGUAAUUUCCUCAUCAUUAAAACGUUUUACUCCUAAAGAAAUAUAAAGUAUUUAUAAAUCAAAUGUGUAAUAUUAUAUGCACUCCAGUCAUAUCAGUAACAUUAAAGCUGUUUUCUUUUAUAUGGGAGAGGGUCCCCUCAUGGGGGCUGCCAUGUUUAGAUCAAUUGACCAGCUAAAUAUUACUUGAUGCUGUUUGCAUGCUUUUAGAUUUUCAGAGAUGACUGCCUUAUUGACCAGCACAACAUGAACAAAAAAUGACUCUGUGCACCUUAAUGUCACCACAUCAGAUAUAUCAAACAUAAAUAUGUGCAAAGGUUCCAAACUGUUUAAGCCUCUGGCAUUUUGGGUUUCCAAUGCUUCAAACUAGUUACGGGUUCAACAAAGAUGUGAAUGGUUUAACAAGAUAUUUUUAAUUACAGUCAUUCUGACAUGACAUGAAUGCAGUUUGUUGUUUUAUGUUGGAGGUUUUUAAUCAAUAAAGUGUGCUGACAAAUGUAACUGUUGGAUUCAGGAAAUUCAUGGUUCUCUUUUCCUUUCUCCACAACUCUUAUCUGAUAAAUAUUUGUAGAUUUUACAGGCUCCCCAGACAAAUGAAAGACCGUUUAAAGGUGUUUGUACAUUUAUUUGUUUUGAAUUCAAUUUAAAGUUCCCUCUGUGUUUCAGACUAAGAAAAUACAUGCCUUGAGUGUUCAUUCUGGAAAUCAGGAGAUGUCCUUUUUGGUUAGGCUGGAACUUUUCAUUUUUGUCCUUCUGUAUUAUAUUGUGGUGUUACAGAUUUUUAGAUAUACAAGACUAUUGAGUAUUUUACCUAUUUUAUAAAGGAUACAAUUUUUUGAGUAAGAUUUAACGUGAAAAAAUGCUGAUUGUGUUUUUCCCUUCAACAUAUACAUAAAAUGUGAUUUUCUUUUUUCAAAACUGUAUUAAUGUUUCCCUUUUUUUAUUUUAGAGACAAAAAUUUCAGUUUUCCAUCUUGUAAUGCCAGACUUGACCUAUUAAUAUUCCAAAUGUUUAAUUUCAGUGAUGAGGUAACACAGAUAAUGGUUGAGAAACUGAGAGAAAGCGAUUUGCAAUCCAAAAAGUUGGGACGUUUCUUUCUUUUUCUCCAAAUAAAGAUAAACCAUUUAAAAAUGUUUGCCUAAACUGUUCUUAUUUGUUUUUGCUUCUGCAGUAUUUAUGUAUGUGAUGUCAGUUAUAGGGAACAUUUAGUCAAGUUUUGUUUUACCUUUCUGGACAGUAUUGUUUACUUUAAACUUUAUCUGAUAUCAAAUGUUGCUAUUUCCAAAAGGUGCGUAUGUGUGUAGCUGUGAGAGCUCCUGCAGGUGUUUGUAUACUUAAUCAGUGUUUAUGAAUGUUAUUGACCUGAGUUUGAACCGUAUAUGCAAAUAUUAAAA